AUGACUAUAGAAAAUAGAAGUUUACAAGAUAUUAUUAUUGAUACUGUUCAAAAUGCUAUUGUUAUUACAAAAGUUCCUAGUUUAUUGUAUGCAUUUAGACAUAUUGCUGCUUUGAUUAUGAAUUUCCAUAAUUAUAAUACUGGUCUUGAAAAAACUUCUGAUUAUAUGAUGUCUUUCCUUCAAAAUCAAACUGAUUCUUUAUCAAAAACAUUUAAGAUUUUGAUGAUUGUCGGAUGUGUUUGUUUGCCAAUCAUUAUUUUAAUUGUUAUUUGGUCAACAGCGAGAUGGAUGUCUUCGCAGAAGAAGAAAAUAUAUGCUUGUUUCAACGCAUUGCCAAAAACAGUUCUUUCUAAAAUGAUUGAGAAAAUGAACACGCAAACAGAAGUAAGAGAUAAUGAUGCAUCAGAGAAAGUAGAUCAGGUUGAUGUAAAAAGAUUACACAUGGAAGAAAAGACAAUUGCUAUAUUAAGAUCAGGUGAAAUGAAUAGUGAUCAAAACAAAAAAGCAACGAUUAUUUGUUAUUCAUUUGUUUUAAUUGUUAUUAUGGUUGUCAACAUUAUUUUGAUUUGUUUCUGGUAUAUCAAUGGCUUAUCUAAUUAUAAUGAAUCAACACCACAACUUCAUCAAGUUGUUCAUUCAUUUAAUUAUGCUUAUGAAGCAAAUUUGAUGUUGCAUAUGUUAUCUAUUCUUUCUGUUAGUUCAUUUAAUAUUCUUGGCUUGCCAACACAAGUAUUGGCACAAAUGGUUCCAAGUUAUAUUUCUGAAGCUGAAGAACACUUUAAGUUAAUGAUAUUUGGUGAUCCUGAUCAAAAUAUUGAUCCUAUUUAUGGUUUCAUUGAUGCUGGUGACGAUAAAUUUAGAAACAGAGAUUGCGAUGUUGAUGAUGAAAACUUGACUUCUUUUCAGAUUUAUAAGUGUUCUGAUGAAGUUUCUAAGUUCAUGAAGAUGAUUGAUUUGACAAGAAGAGUUUAUAUAUUACAACAAGUCCAAAACAAUAGAGUUGAUGCAAGUAGUGAUGAUUUGAAAUUGUUGUGGUUCUUCUCUACUGAAAAUGUUUUAGGUGAAAUGUUCUUGCCAUUGUAUGGAGCAGUUCAAUCUUCUUUAAAGAGCAUUUUCACAAAGACAAAAGAUGAAUUAUACGCUGAAACAAUUAUUUUAGCUGUUGUUGCUUUGAUUAUUGUUAUUUGUUAUUGUGCAAGUUUGUUGAAAUCAACCGAAGAAGUCAAAAUGAUUUUGUAUCAAUUGUUACAUGCUCCUGCAUCAACAAUUCUACAAAGUGAUUACAUCAUGACUAUUUUAUCAGGUGAUUUCGCAACAAAGGCAAGAACAGGACAAGCUGUUGAUGAUGCAGCGUUCGAAGAAGUUGCUGCUAAUUUCCCUGAUGGUAUUUGCACAAUUGAAGGAAAUCAAUUGGCAAACAUGAACCAUUUCGCUAAAGAUUUCUUUGGAAAUAGCCAUGAUAUACCUGAUGAUGUCGAUUUCAACUAUGCAAGAGGUAAUUUCUCAAAGGAUUUCUUGCUUGAAAUUGGAGAGAAAUCUGCAAUUGCUUCAAUACAAAAGUAUGGUGGAAAGAUUUAUUUGAUAUUGAGAGAUAACACAAAUAUCAAAGCAAUGGAAGCAGAAUUAGCCUAA